CGUAAGGGAACGUGUUGGGUCUUCGACGCGCGCCUGCGCCUUGCCCCGUUCCACGUGCGGGAACCGGAGACACCUGGAGCAGCAGUUCCCUGUUGUGCAGCAUGGAAGCGGCGAUGGAAACGCAGAGCUCAGCGGAGGAUGGGGACGGCUUCACCAAGAUUUCUCGCACAAGUGGCAAACGGGGCAAAAAGCGGCGGGCGGAGGAGCAGCAGCCGGAGGGCCACGACAGCGGUGGCCAGAUGGAUGUUGAGGGACCCCGACCCCCCAAGAAACCCGUUUUUCCUCCUUUGUCCGGGGACGCAUUCUCGAGUGGCAAAGAUGAAAUAAGGAAAAUUCCAGUGCCUGCCAACAGAUACACUCCAUUAAAAGAGAACUGGAUGAAAAUAUUUACACCUGUUGUAGAACACCUGGGACUUCAGAUAAGAUUUAACUUAAAGUCAAGGGAUGUAGAAAUCAGGACUUGUAAAGAAACCAAGGAUGUAAGUGCUCUGACAAAAGCUGUCGAUUUUGUGAAAGCUUUUAUUCUUGGAUUUCAGGUGGAGGAUGCACUUGCUCUCAUUAGGUUAGACGACCUCUUCCUAGAAUCUUUUGAAAUUACAGAUGUAAAGCCUUUAAAAGGAGACCACCUUUCUAGGGCAAUAGGAAGAAUUGCUGGGAAAGGAGGAAAAACUAAAUUUACCAUAGAAAAUGUGACACGGACGCGGAUAGUUUUGGCUGAUUUGAAAGUUCAUAUCCUUGGCUCUUUCCAAAAUAUUAAAAUGGCAAGAACAGCCAUCUGCAACCUCAUCCUUGGAAGUCCUCCAUCCAAGGUCUAUAGUAACAUUCGAGCAGUGGCUAGCAGAGCAGCAGAUCGAUUUUAAUUUCAAAGUAAAGGACUGCUUUCUUCAGGUGGAGAAGGGACUGCAUGAGGAAGUAGCAACAGUGUCAAGCAGAGAAGCAAAAUCUGUUUUAAAGCCAGAAUCCCUUUUUCUGUUCUUAUUCAGAAACAAAAGAAAAAACAUUUUUCUAGUUAUUCUAAUAUAGACUUAAAUUUUUAUAUUUAAAUAAUAUGAAAGCUAUUUAUCUUUUUUAGGUAUAAUGUACCUGUUUAUCUAUGUUACGCUAGAGUAGAUCCACAAUUUGGGUCUCCAGGCACAGGGCCUGCAGUAAGAUCCGAGUUCCUAUCUGGCCUUAACACAUUUAUUAGCUAUGUGACCUUGGGUGAGUCAGUUAACCUGUCUGCUUAUUUCCUCAACUGUAAAACAGGGAUUAU